UGCCCAAGGACACAACGUUAUCUGGCAGGGCCAGGAAUCGAACCGGCAACCUUUUGAUUAAUAAGCCGACCUCCUAUCACUCAGUAUACCAUGGUUCUUGUCAUUAAUAUUAAAAUGGGGCAACAAUCAGUUUCCAGAGUUUGCUUUGAUCGUAUUACUGUAAAGUAAACAUGGAGUUAAAUAUUAAGUGAGGUUAGCCUUACAUUUAUUGACAUUCAAUAUUCACAACCUUGCAGCUCCUUAUCAGGCCUGGAACGCACAGAUGUCUUAAAGUUAUUCAACACACACACACACACACAACCCCCCUUAGGCACUGAAACUGCAGCUUGGCACUUACUUCACCAAACAAUGUCACAACAUUGUCGAGUUGGUGAAAACAUUAACUUGUUUUCAAAACUCUCACCGAGCCGUGGGUGACCACUUUCCCACGGUCAUUAUUUGUUUAAGAAUGCGCACGGUAAGAUAAUAACCUGGUGGAGAAAGGUCCAAUGACAGCCCGUGGGAAUCUGCAGCCAAGCCAUUAUGCUUUGGAGGGUUAGACCUGCCCCUUUCCCACGACUAUGGGCCAGUCAGACAUGAAGUUGGUCAUGCACUUACUUACUCACUUAUUUCCCCCUUCUCUGAAAUAAGUGUAACGGACUAUCAGGAGAAUGGCGCCUAACCCAAGAACUUUUUUGCAGCAUCUGACCAGGGAAUGGGACCCCCCAGGAAAAGCCUGCAGGUUCUCCAGCCCUCUGCUGUCAACAUGAACGUGGGCAGGAUCAAACUGGCAGGGAAGGCUGUGCCCAAAAGGAAACAGUGGAACCCGGAACAGGUGAAGGGUUCUAAGAGGUCCAAGGCUGAAGUCAAGUCCACACAGACUGAAACAGAAAACCUCCCAGACGGCCUUUCCACAGAGGCCUAUGAACUUUUGGUCAAAGAAACCCCUCCUUCAAGCUAUUGGAAAGAAGUGGCUGAGGAACGUAGGAAGGCUCUGUACGACGUUCUCCAGGAAAACGAGAAGUUGCACAAGGAGAUUGAGGCCAAAGACGAGCAGAUCGCCCAGCUGAGGAGUGAGAACGAGGAGCUGCAGGAGCUGGCUCAGCAUGUCCAACACAUGGCCGACAUGAUCGAGAGGUUAACGGGUAAGAGCCCAGAAAGUCUUGAGGACCUGAGGGAGAUCGCUUUGGAUGUUGAUGAGUUGGAAGCGCUUGAAGAAUCAGAUGACGACUGCACACCCAGUGAGGAAGAAGAAGAGGAGGCGGAAGGACAGAAUCAAGCUGAAGCCAAUUGAACAUGUUAAUUAAUCCCAAGUGGAGGUCGGACAGUUUUGGAACAUGCCCUUGCUGCUCAAUGGUUCUUUUUACAGUAUUCUGACAGGAAAGACUGUUUACAAUUAAUUCACUGUAAAUUAUUGGUGUUUAUUCACUGAAACCAUUUGAUUCUGGGGCUUUGAAAGGGGAAGGCUGGUUUUGUUUAAGAUUUUUUUUUGUUGUUGUUACUUAUUUGUGCAGUUUUAUUGCAUCAGUGUUUUUUUUGUAGAUUGUUUGAAAUAAACACUGGUUUUUAUUUAAA